CAAAUGUGUCCAGAAGGGUUAACAGGAAGCACAGAGAGGCCUGUUGAUUGUUGUUUGGGGGGGGUGCCAGUUGGAGAGAAAGUGGAAAGGAUUUUGCUGCUGUUGUGUCAUUGAGCAACAAUCAAAAGGAGGACUAAAAAGAGUUUGAAGUGGAAUCUAGAGCCACGGAGAAAUGGACAGGACACAGAUAAAGAAAGAGGAGGGCGACAAGGAGGAGAAGACCGAAAAGGAGGUGGUGCACCUCCGGAGGGAGAUUGGCCUGCUGCCUGCAGUGUCCUUCAUCAUCGGCACAGUGGUGGGGAGCGGGAUCUUCAUCGCACCCAAGGGAGUGCUGAUGAACAGUGGCAGCGUGGGGCUCUCUCUGGUGGUGUGGGCUCUGUGUGGGGUCCUCUCCAUGUUUGGGGCCCUGUGCUAUGCUGAACUGGGCACCAGUUUUACAAAAUCAGGAGGCCACUACACUUAUCUGCUGGAGACACUGGGGCCACUGCCUGCCUUUUUACGACUCUGGGCUGAGUUCUUAUUUAUCAGGCCAGCUGUCGCUUCCUAUGUGUCUCUGGCUUUUGGCCGCUAUGUGGUGGAGCCGUUCUUUGAACCUUGUGCUGCUCCCACGGCACUCAUCAAACUUGUCAGCAUCCUCGGAGUGACGUUUGUCGUGGCAGUCAACUGCUGGAGUGUGACCAUGGCCUCUCGCACUCAGGUCACCUUGACUUUCGUUAAGAUUUUUGCUCUGGUCCUCAUCAUCGUCCCUGGUGUCAUCGCACUGGGCAAAGGCAAAACAGAGAAUUUCCAGAAUGGUUUUGAGGUCGACUCAUUAACAUUGGAUAGGGUGCCACUGGCCUUCUAUAAUGGCCUGUAUGCCUACGGUGGAUGGUUUUAUCUGAACUUUGUCACAGAAGAGGUCAUAAACCCAAAUAGAACCAUCCCGCUGGCAAUAAUCUGCUCCAUGGUGACAGUCACAGUCUUUUAUGUGCUUGUUAAUGUGGCCUACUACACCAUGAUGACCCCCGCUGAGCUGCUGCUGUCUGACGCUGUGGCUGUGACGUUUGCGAACCGUGCUCUCCAGGGAAUGGCAUCUGUGAUUCCCAUUCUUGUGGCCCUAUCCUGCCUUGGAGCGCUUAACGGUGGCUUCUUUGGGUCACCCAGGAUGCUGUUUGUGGGAGCCAGGGAGGGCCACUGGCCUCAAAUCUUUUCCAUGAUUCACAUUCGCAGACAAACACCUUUGCCUGCCGUGCUGUUACUGUACCCCUUGGUGGUGUUGAUGUUAAUCAAUGGAGAGAUCUACCAGCUCAUCAACUUUGCCUCCUUUGCUCGCUGGUUCUUCAUCGCCUUGGCAACCUUGGGGAUGCUCAUCCAUCGAUAUCGCUUCCCCCUCCACCCACGACCUUUCAAGGUGCCCCUGGUCAUUGCUGUCACCUUCACAGUGGUUUGCUUCUUCAUCGUGGGUCUGUCUCUGUACUCAGACCCCUGGAACACAGGGCGAAGCUGUGCUCUCACACUGACCGGGGUCCCAGUUUACUAUGUGACGGUUUACCGCUUUCGCUUGCCCCAUAGAUGGAGACGCAUCUUCAACUACUGCAGCAAGCAGCUACAGAUCCUUCUAGAAGUGGCUCAACAGGAAGUCCAGACAUACUGAAGACCACAAAGACCUCUUUCUACUGACAGACUUCCUGGAUAUCACCUUAAUAAGUCCUAGAACAUUGUAAUGUUUACAGUUUGAACCAGUGUUUGAUACUAAAUGAAUUUUAAGAGGCUGGUGUAUCAGGCUUCUCUUGUAGAAGCUUAGGCUGGAACAAGAGGUACUUUUCUCUGUUGUUAUCAUUCUUCAUGAAGAUCUGAAGUUCUGCUCAAGAUCUUAUUUUUUACAAAGUUCUGUAAGAACCAAUAAAAUCAUUUUUGAAUCAGACAAUCUAUAAAA